AAUAUAUUUGACUAAGCCGCCGUUCAGGCGCGACUGCGUAAAGCGCGGCAAUGAGCGGCUCAGUUUGAAAACAAAACGGCAGUUCAGGAAGUUGUAAUUCAACCGGACAAGGAUGUUACAGAACGAUGCAUUGCAUUAUGUUGACCUGGAGAACACAGGGGAGGCUCUUAUCGGGCUCAUUGAGAGCAGUAAAGCUGAAGAUGCCCUGAGGGCAGCACGGAAGAAACAGCAGGCACUUUUUGACCACCACACGGAGGCUAAGAAAACAGUCACUGAGCUCUUAAACAGCUUGGUGCACUCUGAGGAAGUUGUUGGACAGAAGCUUUUGGACCUGGAGGGUCAGAAGAGCCAGAUGAUGCGGGAGCUGGAGAAGGUGGAGCAGGAGGUGCAGCAGAGCCUGGCCAAGAGCCACACUUUGGACUCAGAGAUACAAUUCCUACAGAGAGAGCUGGAACGACUCAAAGACAGUGAGAAGGAAAUUCAGGCUCUGCAGCAGGAAGUAGAUGAAGACACAACUGAAGUAAUUCCCUCAGCCAUAUAUUUAGCACAGCUCUACUGUAAGGUUACCAGAAUUAAACUAGAGUUGGGUACCGAGCCUCAUAUAUUGCGUGGAGUUCACUAUGGUCGAGAUCUGGCAGCUCCUAUCAACAUCGACACAUCGAGCUGCUCCCCCUGUGAGGUCAGUGAUGAGCUCUGGAGCCUCGUCAGCACAGACUGGUAGAAUUCUAUUGGGCCAUGUUGGAGUUUAACCUAAUCUUCCAUUAUCGUUUAUUUUUCGUAUCUUUUCAUGUCUUUAUAUCUUUAUUAAUAAAAAAGUCCUACAGAAUGAACUGAAAUCAAGUGUCCUGCAUACAUCAUACUAAGUAAGCACAGUACGUAUAUCUUUAUAUACAUAAUGUACCAGUACCACUUUCACUUUGCAUUUUGGCCAAGUAAAUGUAAUCUCUCAAACAGGACCUCUACAUUCUAUUUUCCAUAUAUUUUACACCGUUUUAAAAUUACAAGUACAUUUUAUGAUUUUGUUAUAUUUUGACAGAAUAAAUUGUUAAAUAUUUGAAAGUCAGGAGUGUUGCAGAUGGUACAUGUCAGAUGGUACAAGUAAGUAGUAAAACAACAGGGCAUGAUGUUAUAUGAAAAUAAUCGACAACAAGCUGGUGUGAUGCAUUACCACUGAUACUGCAGGUAAUUAUUUUCCAAUAACAGCAUGUUGCAAAGUGUUUUAUUGUUCUUAUACCACAGCAAUUCUAUAAAUAGUCAUUCCCUUACCAGCCUCAUUUUUUCUUGCCUUGAAGUCAAUCAUACAAAAUAAACACAGCUUGUCAUGUUACAAAGAUAUAACAGGUACAGCUGUAGUGCUGGGAUUUUAGGCUGGACCAAUAACAGUCCAUCCACUUUAAAUCUCCAUCCAGCAGCAGCCAAGUGGUCAGAAAGUAACCACAGAGAAAGGGCAAGAGGAUGAUUAGCACUUUGUGAAUGGAAAAACUAAGUUAUACAUACAAGGUGUUCGGCAAGUGUGGCUUGUAUAAUCAAAUGUCCAGUAAGUGUGUUGUUUUAAAAUUUACUUCAUGUUGCAGCACUGUACCUGACUAAUGCAUGAAGCUUACUACAGUGUCCAAAAUGUCAUGAACCAAUGGGAAUAUACAGUAUGUCAGCAAAUAUGAGCUAUUAUGUCAAUUCUAUUGAGCAAAAUCCGCAAAAACAUGAUGCAGUGGCUGGAAAAAAAAAAACGUAGCAUGUAAGGA